GGGGAGAGUUUUCGUGACGAGAGCCAUCUUGACGAGCAUCGGCUUGCUCAUGAUAGACAGAGGACGAGUCUGUGGCGGCGGCGGCAGCGGCGAUGGAAUCGUUUCUAAAUGUUCCCGUGAAUUCUGAACGCUCGUGUUGUCAGCAAUUAGUAUAAUCGUUUAUAUCGUACAUAUUUUUCACAGUAAACCGGCUAGUAUUUCAAGAACACAUUUAUUUGUGAGUUUUAUUCGUUGGUAACUUACGCCACUGGCCGCGUUUACAAUGACUCCAUGCUGUGUGCCUCUCGACGUCUUACCAUUUAUGCGGGAAUUCAUUUAGUUUAAAUAAAAAAGACCCCGCCAAAAGAAGCUUGUGGAUAGAGACUUAAAUACAUUAUUGAACAAAAUGGAGGGUGGCGAUGGCCCUUCGGCCAUUAGUAGUAAUCCUACUGUUAUUAAAGCUGCACAAGAAGAAAUGGGAAGAUUAGAUGUUCUUGUGUGUGGACAGUGCCAUUCAGUUUUUCAUUUUAUUGAAGAAUUCCAAGAGCAUCGUACAAAAGAAGGUGCUUGCACCCAAGUUUCACAUUUUCGUGAAAAUAGUAAUAAUGAGCAAAAAGCACAAGUAUGGGCUUUCCUUUUAUGGAAAGAUUCACAAAUACAACAGGAAAGUUCAGAUAGGGACUCAACAAAUUCAUGGAAACUGUAUCAAAAAUGGUGCAAAAUGGAUACACACAUAAGAGAUUCGUGGAUUGCAGCUGGGAAAACUAUACAAACAUUUACGAAAAUUAGUAAUGCAAAAAUGCAAGAUGUACCAAGGCAAAAUCAAAUAACUACUAAUGCAGAAGGAAAACCAAUAGUAGUCCGUAAAGUAAUUAGAAAUGGACAACCGGAAGAUGAUAGUAGAAAAGAUACUAAAACUUCGGAAGCAAAGAAUCAAAAAAGUAAUGAAUCUUUCGAGGAAGUAGAAAAGAAAGAAAAACCAAAAUUGAGACCGACAAUAAAACUCAAGACCAAAUCAAAUAAAGCUGGUGAUGACGACUCAAGCGAUGAAGAGUAUGUAGUAGAAAAAAUUUUAGCUAAACGGUUUAACCCAAAAAAAAGAUGUUCGGAAUAUCUAUUAAAAUGGGAAGGUUUUGGACAUGAGCAUAAUAGAUGGGAGCCUGCUGAGCAUGUAGCUACGUGUAAACAUUUAUUAGAAGAAUUUGAAAGAAACCUUGCUAAAAAAAAAGAAUUGAAAGCAGCUCAACAGCAGGCUACUGCUAAGGCAGCAGGUCGAGGUGCUCAUCCCGCACAAAAAACAAUUAUAAAAGCUGAAGCUAAACCUGGACCAAGUACUGCAGGUCAAGUAGGACGACCUAUGCGAUCAAGUAAAUCAAAAGCAAUGGAUCAAGUGAAGCAGUGGUGCGGUUCCAUGAAGGACGAAGACAAUGACCUAUUAGGGAAAAGAAAGAUGGAUUAUUCGGAGAGUGAUUCCGAGGAUGGUGGCAGUAGCGUUGUCAAACGAACUAAAGGCGACACAGGUAGUGACGAAGACUGGACUGGAGAGUCUGAGGAGGAAAAAUUAUUGGGUCGAAGUGAUAUGAUUCAGCGCGCAUUUAAUCGUGCUAAUGCUCAAUCAAACGGGUCUAACAGAGCAAGUGGUUCGUCUACAGAUCUUGCGACUUCAUUGGGACUUCAAUCUCCCGAAGGAGCAAAAUCUAACCAACCACCAGUCUUAGUUGCGAAUGCCAAAGGAGUCGUUAAAGUUGACCCGAAGCAAAUGCCAAAUUUAACAUCCGGCGUUUACGUAAUGUCACGGAAAGAUGGCAUCAUUAAGUUGGACUCGUCCCCUAGCGGAAAAUUGGCUGUAAAAGGUUCGCCAACCACACAAGGUGUUUUGAUGGUUCAAAAUCGAGAUAAUACUAACGUAGUAAGAAAGCAAGUAAUAUCCGCAUCGCAAUCGAAUUCUGUAACACCGGUAAAAGUGGUUUCUAAAAUGGAUGGAGGUCAAGUAGUAACUCAGAUGAAAGUAGUUUCUAAGCCUGUUACGAGUAAAGCAGGAGGUAUACAGAAAACAGAGCCUAUAAAGAUCCAGCCGAAACCAGAUCCGACACAGUUACCGCAGAUACAUGUCGUGACCGCGGUGCCGGCUCCCAUAACUUUGCAGCCAAGAAUAAGUACAGGAAUACGUCCUGGACCUGUUACAGGCCAACGCAGUGCGGACGGUCGACCUUUGUUACCCAGACCUCCACUGCGUGCGACGACACCAACUAGCGUACUUGGAAUCGGGUCAACAAUUCGCACACCUGUUAGGGCGCCAGCCCCGAAACAAAUUCAGUCUCAGCAAACACGCCAGGUACUACAAAAACGUACGACGGCUGUAACUACGCAAAGUAACUCGGUGAGUCCUGGAAAUGUCACUCAAGUUAGACCAAAGUUUACGGUGCUUAGCCCACAGCCGAAGCAAGUGGUAAAGUCUGGAACUAGUCCAGUGCAACAGGCUAAACAGUCUCCGAAAACACCAGUUGGUAAGCCACAGUCAUUAUUAUCUCCGCAGCAAAAGUUAUUAAUGGCAAAAAGGAAAGCUCAAGAAGCAGCGGGUAUCAUUAAACCAGGUGGCCGCGGCCUCCUAGCAGCUGCUCGUGUUACCGCCGGUCGAGGCAGAGGGAAAUUGGCUGAAACACCAGCGACGGCCACUCCGGGGAACAAACUGAAAGAAAGUAAAUUGGCGGAAGGUGAUGGACUUCAUAUGGAGUUCCACGAGGUAGGCUCCGAAGAGAGUAGCAGCGAUGUUGAACCGGAGCUUCCACCUCCUGAAGCUGAUACCAUUGCCACUACGGAGCCUGAUAGUCCACCUAGGCCGUUUACUCUUUGUCCAUUGACGGGCCGUAUCAUUGGACCGGAUGGUGAACCCGUCGAACAACCGGCUGAACCAGAACCUGAACUUGAAUCUACGGGAACUCCGUUGUCUACCAUUAAAGCCGCUACAACUACAUCAGAGAGUAUAGACGUCUCCGCUACAACUACCACCACAGAAUUGGUUCUACCUUCUCUUGAUUCUCUUACAGAGGGUGGUGGAAUAAUGAGAGUCGAAAUGAGUCCCGGUGGAACGACAGGAACGAUCGUUCAGACCAGCGAGCCAGCGCAAAUCAAUUUGACGAAUGUAUCUGUUCCUGCACCGGAUCUUCCUUGUUUGGAUGAUACAGCUCCUGCCGUGGCCACACCAGCCACAACUACGACAACACCGUUAACAGAAGCGACACCAACCAGUGAAUCAUCUAUUGCAGCAGGAUUAACUACAGCCACUGUUACCUCGACUAACACAAUAGCAAUCGCGUCUACCGAUGUAAAAACUGAAGAAAAAAUAUCGGAAGAGAGGAAGGUAACCGAAGACACAUCAAACUUGGUAACAAUAACUGGAGAGGAUGGUGUUGUUUAUCAAGUGGCUGGUCAAGCUGAGGAUGGCCAGACAUUAUUGGUAACUCGAGAUGCUGAUGGCGAGCAACAAUGUGUAUAUGUUACCACAGAGCAACAAGGAGACGAAGGCUCUGUUUUAACGUUAGAUCACGCUGUGGCGGAAGCUGUAGCUCAAUUAAUACCUGAUCAAGUAAAUCUGGCUUCGCAGUUCUAUGUAAAGGAAGGUGGUACAGAACCUACUGAAAAUCCAAUGGUAAUGUCUAUCAUGGACAACACGAAUACGGCGGAUGUGACGGAGGGACAAGAAGAUGGUGAUGGUCAUGGCCAAGUUGUAGCUCAAGUCGUACAAGCGGAAGAACCUACUCCAGGUGGAACAAGAAGAGUAGUCUUACUCUUACCUGACGGAAAUCUAAUGAUGACAGAAGUAACGGAAGAACAAUAUGCUGCGCUCGGACUCGGCAAGUGAAGAAACACUUAACAUUAAUAUCAUGUGGAAUGAAUAAACGAUUAUGCAUCGAACUAUAGAAUUUACAAUGGAAGUUGUACGCUUAAGGGAUGAUCGUGGGUUGUAUAUAUGUAAGAAGAUUUACUUCGUACAAUUGCAAUGAAAUUAUCCACAAUUUUUCCAGCUGAAAACAGAUACAAUGUGAAAGAAAAAGAACAACAAACACAUAUAGCUGGUAUAUUGUAAAAAGAAGAAAAGGGAAAAAUAAUAACAGAAUCGUAAUUACACAGAAAUCUAGAAUAAUAGAUUAAUGGAUAAAUAAUUAUGUUUUAGAAAUUCAUAUUUCAGUGUCCCAAAUCCGCUGGAAUCUUAAUUUUUAUUCGUUUAAUUUAUAAAUGUGAAGAGAGAGCGAGAGAGAGAGAGAGAGAGCGAGAGAGAGUAAACGCGAAAGAAAAACAAA